CAGGCACACGUGCUUCCGGCUUGGAAUGUUUUGAUUUUACUCUGGUCAGAAAUGAUCAGCGUGUUGACCUAAUAGAUCGAUUAUAAUAUCGUCCUGAUAAAGAGAUGAAUGAAAAAGACAGCUAUGGCUGACAGAAGUGAGUUUGAGACCCGACAGAUCCAUGCUGCAUAGUCUCGGCAUCGUUUUAUCAUUUGGUAGCUCUCAAGGGUUCCUCAACUACCAUGUCAAUACAAACUCGAUCUUCCAUUUGGGGAGGUGGGGGUGGGGUGUUGAGUCCCAUCCAGGAUUAUUUAAGGCCUUCCAGCCUCUGGGCAUCACUUGAUAAGCUCCUUUAAAUAGCUUGUUUUAGGUGUCAUAUAUGUUUCUUCAGGCUCAGGCUCAGCUCCUGAGGGCUUUCGCAUCGGUUGAUAUCUUCGAGACGAUGUUCUGCUCUCUGCCAGGAAGCAAUGCUGACCAUAUGAUGCUAUGGAUGAAACUCCUGGCCUGCCGCCUUGGACACACCCAUUGCCGGAGAGUCUCUCAACAAGUGCUAUAUGGUCGGGGAACAAUCUUUGCCCUCUCGUCUGGGCACGGCAGAUCUGGAGUUGCUGUUAUCAGGGUCUCCGGACCUUCCACAUCAGAAUCACUUCGACAGAUGGUUAGAAGAAUCCCACCACCUCGGAAAGCGGUUCUACGACGGAUUUACCAUCCACAGUCCACAGAAGCAAUAGACAAGGGACUUGUGCUCUGGUUUCCAGGGCCGAAGAGCUUCACAGGUGAGGACUGUGCAGAGUUCCAGGUGCAUGGCGGUGCCGCUGUGGUGACAGCGAUGUUGGGCGCUUGUGGACUUCCCGGUUUCCGCCAUGCUGAAGCUGGAGAGUUCACAAAAAGGGCCUAUAUGAACGGUCAGCUUGACCUGACGGAGGUGGAGGGUCUGUCUGACCUGAUCUCAGCAGAGACAGAAGCACAGAGACGCCAGGCACUACGCCAGAUGGAGGGGGAUCUCGGGAAUAUGUACAUGGCUUGGAGGAGGAGGAUCAUCAAGUGUCUCGCCAAUGUAGAGGCAUAUAUUGACUUCAGUGAAGAUGAGAACAUAGAGGAUGGCGUUUUAGAUCAUGCAAGGUCAGAGGUGCAAGUGAUGGCAGAAGAAAUGAAAGGCCAUCUCCACGACAACCGUAGAGGGGAAAGGUUACGAUCUGGAGUACGUGUUGCGAUCAUUGGAGAACCAAAUGUGGGCAAGAGCAGCCUCCUCAAUGCACUGUGUCAGAGACCAGCUGCCAUUGUCUCCCCUAUAGCUGGCACUACACGGGAUGUGGUGGAGACGGCGCUCAACAUCGGAGGUUACCCGGUGCUCUUGAGUGACACAGCAGGACUUCGAGAGACAGGGGAUGCUGUAGAGAAGGAGGGUGUCCGACGUGCAAUAGAGAGAGCAAAGCAAGCAGACAUCAAAAUAAUUCUUGUGGAUGCAUCAAAGUUUUCAUCGGCUUACACAGACUGUGAUGUGGACAAAUUUGUAAGGGACCAUUUGUAUGACCUUGGAGUGAUGGACACCACACAGCAUGAAGACAGUGAAGCAGAUAGACUGAUGCUGGAUGCUGGAGAUGCUGUCCAGCUGGAUGAGGACAGACAGACACUGCUGGUGGUCAACAAGUGUGACCUUGUGCCCUCAUGGAACCCAAACUUUCCCCCUGGGGAUGUUGCCACGGCAGCACUGUCCUGUACCACAGGGGAAGGAAUGGAACACUUCAUAAUCCUUCUGGCGGAGACGGUGAAACGUGGAUGUGGAAAUCCUCUGAGUGGCAACCCAAGUCUUACCAAGGCCCGUCAUCGGCACCAUCUCACUCGGUGUGUCAGCCAUCUUGAAUCCUACUUCAGUCUGGAGCAAGACACAGAUAUUGUUCUAUCUGCACAACAACUUCCAAAAGCAGCUCGGGAACUUGGGAAGAUCACUGGGAAGAUAACUUCAGAAGAUAUUUUGGAUGUUAUUUUUAAAGAUUUCUGUAUUGGAAAAUAAAUAUUGGAAGUUUCA